CAACGUUGGCUCCUCAUCGUCGUCUUCCACACAAAAUUACUUAUCUGCCCUCUCCUCCCAAUACGAUCAAUCAAAACCCUAGGCGUUCGGUCGAUCGAUGCUCCUGCAAACAAACAAUCAGUUGACGAAUGGAGAGAAUCGUUGGAGGGAAGUACAAGUUAGGUCGUAAGAUCGGCAGCGGAUCCUUCGGAGAGAUUUAUCUUGCUACUCACGUCGAUACGUUCGAGAUCGUCGCCGCCAAGAUUGAAAAUAGCAAGACAAAACAUCCACAGUUGUUUUAUGAGGCCAAGCUCUAUAACAUUUUGCAAGGAGGAAGUGGUAUUGCGAGUAUAAAAUGGUGUGGUGUUGAUGGGGAGGACAACGUUCUUGUUAUCGAUUUGCUGGGUCCAAGUCUUGAAGAUUUGUUUGUCUAUUGUGGAAGAAAGUUCACUCUGAAAACUGUUCUACUGUUAGCUGAUCAAAUGAUUACAAGAAUAGAAUAUGUGCAUUCAAAGGGUUUCUUGCAUAGGGACAUCAAACCUGACAACUUCCUCAUGGGUCUUGGUCGAAAAGCAAAUCAGGUAUACUUAAUUGAUUUUGGGCUUGCAAAAAGAUAUCGAGAUUCCACUACCAAUCGCCACAUACCAUACAGGGAGAAUAAAAAUUUAACUGGCACUGCACGAUAUGCUAGCUGCAACACUCAUCUUGGCAUUGAGCAAAGCCGUCGAGAUGAUUUGGAAUCACUUGGUUAUGUUCUCUUGUACUUUCUGAGAGGAAGUCUUCCAUGGCAGGGCCUAAAAGCUGCCACAAAAAAACAGAAAUAUGAUAAGAUAUGUGAAAAGAAGCUUUCAACUCCUAUUGAGGUUUUAUGCAAAUCACAUCCUGUAGAAUUUGCUUCCUACUUCCAUUACUGCCACUCUUUGACAUUUGAUCAACGACCUGACUAUGGAUUUUUGAAGCGCCUGUUUCGAGACUUGUUUGCUCGUGAAGGAUAUGAAUUCGACUAUGUCUUUGACUGGACUGUCUUAAAAUAUCAGCAAAACCAAAGAUCUAACCCUCAGCCGCAACCUUCUCGAGCUUUAGGUGGGAUGAGAAGUCGAGCAAGGCCAUCAGAUGUUGACAACAAACAAGGUGGAAAUAAUUUUCCUCGUCAAGAUGAGAUGAAAGACCACAUAGAAUCAAGUAAUAUGCGCCCUCCAGUUCAGAUGCAAUUUAAAUCUUCAGCAGAUAGGCAACUGAAUUUUGAUAAUCAUGGUCUUGAGAAAAAGGGUGGUGACAAAUUAAAUGUGGCAUCUUCAUCAUUUGCUUUUUCAAGUGCACCAACAAAAAACAUUGUUGGCUCAAGACCAUCAGGAUCAACAGAUCCAUCCCAUCUUGGUCAGGAUGUGAGAAACAAUUUUGGUUCCUCUAGUAGCUGGAUUCCCACAUUCCAGAGGAAUGCUUCUGCAAAAUGAUUGGAAGGACUCUAAAAAUGAAUGAUCCUAAGGAGAAUAUUGUAGCACUCGUGGUGAGAUGUUUGUGAAGUCUUCAUUUGUUCGUCAUUUUCUGGAUUUAAAGGAUGCAUACUGAGCCUUGAUAAAGAUGAUCACAGAGUCAAACCUAAUGGGCAUGCUGCCCAUUUACAAAAGCAUGAUUGCUGUUGUUGAUUGCUACAUCAGUUUACUCUCAGUGAUCUAGCGUUUUAUGGUCUCAUCAACAUGAAUGAUAUGUCAAAUGCUCUCUUCAGUUUUUUGUUAAUAGAUCAUAUAAGUUUUCACCGGCUUACCUUUUGGGUUUCUUCAAAAUUCUGUGGGAUCCAUAUUGAUUCAGGGAUAUAGGUCCCUUAUUUAUUCUUGCCGUAUACUUUAGUCUGAAGUCCACAUGGUCCUCUGGAUUAAUUUAGCAUUAGACGCCCAAGACGUUCAUCAUCUGAUUGUACACCAUGAAACUAGAGCUCUGGGUGCCAGACUUCCCUGUGCUUUUUGUGGAGACUUUUAUUGGAUAGCUGAUAUUUCUGACCUAAUCCGCCGUAGCUGGGAAGCUGUAGAUGUAUAUUGCUUAUGGAGAUAUUCACUUUCAGAUCACACAACUGAAACUGUAUCUGGCUUCAGCUGGGGAAACAUGACUCAUUUUUUUAGUGAUGAGGAACUAUUACAGGUUUCAUCAGAUUGCAUGUUGUACUCAUGCAUCAGAGGAGACAUCUUUCCCAAAUAUCCCCGCUCUGUAUUUUCGUUCUUUAUUAUCCUACGGAGAUUCAGGUUCCAGUCUCCGUAAAUUGCAUUGUCCUUGAAUUCUUUGUGAUUAACCCGAGGGGGGCUAAAGUCCUAGUUAUAAAUGGGUGGAAGGCUAAGUAGUCAGGAUAAUCAAAGGGAUCCAACUUAUUUGUUAUAGGUAGCAAGUGACAGAAUCAGAUAUAUCAGCUGAAAAUUUGAAGGUCAGUAAUCCAGGUAAGCAAGGUACUUUUUUUUUCUUCCAUCAAUAGCUUUUAAACCCUUAAGUUGCUUUCCAGUCUAGAGAUACUAAUAAGACUGUUCAGUCAUGAAUUUGAGAUUUCAUUUAAAAAAAAUGAAUUUGAGGAUUUCAGCUCCUUCCUUUUUGCUUAAAAUUUUAAAUUCCUGUAAUUCAUUCCAAGUGAAUGCUAUCGCUAUCCUAUUUGCCUGGAACUGCUAGGUUUUCAUUAGGUCAUAAUUAUCUCUUAAAGCUAUUGGGCCUUCGAUGUAAUCACAUUAACUAUUAUUACAAGAAGCUUGGCGUAGCUACAUGAUUUAUUCCU